AUGUUUCAAUUGCUGCAGUCGCCCUUUGUGGGUGUCGUGCUCUGUAUUACUGUGCUUGCGUAUGUCGGACGAUGGCUUGCGACGGGUUAUGCCAUUCGACGCAGAAUUCAUGGGAAGCCUGGACCGCCGCAUUCUAUGCUCUGGGGCCACCUGAAGGAGAUGGGCGAUGUAGCAAUGGCGAGCCCUCGGAGGGCGCAUCCUCAUGUGUAUCCCCAUCUCCUCAGAAAGAAGUUCAACCUAGGAUCGGUCUUCUUUGUGGACGUCUGGCCUUUUGGAUAUGAUCCCUUCAUCGCAGUCAUGGACCCGGCAGUCUGCCAACAAGUUUCAGACUACAACGCCAAGAAGCACCAUUCGAUGCAGUCCUUCCUCAUCCCGCUGCUGGGUCGUGACGAUAUGGUGUCUACGAAUGGUGAGCUGUGGAAGCGGUGGCGCACGAUGUUCAACCCGGGCUUCUCAACGCAACAUCUCAUGACACUGGUGCCCGGUAUCGUCGAUGAUGUCUUGGUAUACGUCGAUAAGCUCAACGAGCAUGUCGAGAAGGGUGACGUCUUCCGACUUGAGGAGGAGACGACCCGCCUGACGAUUGAUGUUAUUGGCAAGGUCGUGCUGGAUCUUCACUUCAACAUGCAGCGAGGGGAUGACCCGUGCAUCGAAGCUCUGCGAGAACAAGUCCACCUUUUGCCGAAUGAGGGGACGCAGAAUCCGUUCGAGACGUGGCAUCCUUGGGGUAUUUAUCGCAGGUGGAGGAAUGAUAAACUUAUGAAUGACUACAUCGGCAAAGUUCUAGACGACCGAUUCGCCAGCAAAGGCUCCACGGCCGUCAAGACGGAGAGGAAACGCACCGUCAUCGACCUCGCCUUGUGGAACUACGCAUCCGGCAAGGAAGACGUAACAGAACUAACCAACGACACCACAACCCCCAAGAUGGACUCCGCAUUCAAACAAGGCGCCAUCACGCAAAUCCGCGCAUUCCUCUUCGCGGGCCACGACACCACCUCGUCAACCAUGUGCUACGUCUUCCACCUCCUGAAGAAACACCCGACCGUCCACGCGACCCUCUGCGCCGAGCACGAAGCCAUUCUAGGCCCCGUCGAAUCCACCGCCGACGUGAUCAAAUCCCAACCCCAUCUCCUGAAUAAACUCGAAUACACCCUCGCGGUUCUCAAAGAGACCCUCCGACUCUUCCCCGCGGCCUCCGGCGUCCGCCAGGGGGAGAAAGACCUCAACCUGCACCUCCCCACCGGCGAGACUUUCAACACCGAAGGCUACAUGGUCUGGCUGCUGCACUACGGCCUCGGCCACAACGAAGAAGUCUGGGGCCCCACCGUCAAUGACUUCGACCCCUCGCGUUUCCUGCCGUCCAACGCGCACAAAAUUCCCGAGGGCGCGUGGCGGCCGUUCGAACAGGGACCGCGGAAUUGUCUCGGGCAGAACCUUGCGCUGCUCGAGUCGAGGGUUAUUAUGGCGUUGGUGUGUCGACGAUUUGACUUCGAUUUGGCGUUGGAUGGGAUUGGGGAGGUCAUGGGGGAUGGGAGUUUUUAUGCGAGGAAUGGGAGUUUUAGGAGGGGGCCGCAGAGUGUGGAGGGCGAAGAGUUGUAUCAGAUUUUGGUUGGGGCCGCGAAGCCUAGGGAGGGGAUGCCGGUGAGGGUGAAGAGGUUGGAUGGGAAGGUGGGAUAG